AUGGCACCAAUUGUAAAGCUUGCCCUCACGCUUACACCAGUCAAUGAUACACUGACGUGGAUGAAACAUUUCAUUCAAACAACAACAGCGAGCCAACAUCAUGUGAAUGGCAAAGGCAUGUACCAAAGCCUGUCAGAUGGCGCAGCGUGGCUACACGGCUUUUUUGAGCGUCGGGAGGAUCUUGCAUCGCUACUUGAUAAGCAAGGAGGCAAAGACAAGGCAAAGUCGCGAAUUCAGGAAGUGUCAACAAGUAGAGCUCAAGAGGACUAUGUAUUUCUUGUGCGUAACUUUUGUUUCGAUCGAGCGUUUAUUAUAACGAUGAAUGGGCGGAUAGGGAUAGGGCCCUCGAACACGUGUAAGGGAGACACGGUUCCAGUCAUCUUGGGAGGAGGAGUUCCUUAUAUAAUUCGGGCCUCUGGCAAGUAUUGGAAUCUUGUUGGCGAGUCAUACGUUGAUGGGCUCAUGGAAGGAGAGGCAAUUGAAAGCUAUGCAAAGGGGAUGAUUCAGGAAGAAGUAUUAAGGUUCAUAUAG